AUGAUGUUCAAAUCAUUUAUUACUUUUUCAAUUAUUGUUGGUCUUGUUUUAACUAAACCUAUAAAAGAAAAAAUCAAAAAUGAAAAAAUUUCUCAAGAUAUAUCAAUGGAACAAGCUUUUCGACAAGCCGAAAUGACUCUCAAUAGUUAUUUUUAUUUAAUGACAUCAGAUACAGAUCAACUUGUUCAUGCUCUGUUACAUAUAUUAAUAAAUAACCCAAAAUCAUUUCCAUUUAUACCAUAUCGUGCAUUAGAUAUAGCAUUGAAAAAUUUUGCAAACAAGUUAAGUCAAGAUGAUGUGGAUAUUUUAAUAAAACCAAUAUUAUUGUCUAUUGAACAAAAUGCUCAAAAUAAUUUGAAACAAGCAUCAUCAUUUCAAUUGACGGAUGAAAUUAAACAUAAAAUAGAAGAUACAUUGGACAAAUUCUUAGAAGAACACGAAAACACUUCUCAUGUAUAA